AUGGCCGAGUCGUCCUUCAAACGCAAAGUCAUUGGCUUCGUUGCUCGUUUACUAAAAGCCAUUCCCGUCAUUAGGCCACAAGACUUGGCUACCAAGGGUACUGGCACCAUCCAAUGUAAAGACAACGAGAGGUUGAUUGGCCAAGGAACUCGUUUUCAACAGGAAAUUCGCCCACGUGAUCUACUGCAACUGAGUAAAACCGUGAAAGUAGAGGUACUGGAAGUCCUCUCAGAUACAGAACUGACGGUUAAAAGCCAGUUGAAUGAAGAUGCAGCCACCCUUCUAUCAAACUGUAUUCCCUUUAAAGUUAUUCCUCACGUGGAUCAAAGCGUGUUAUAUACAAAGGUGCAUGAACGAUUAGAAGCCAAUGACUGUGUUCUGAUAUUUCCGGAAGGUGGCAGUCAUGAUCGGACAGAGAUGCUCCCUCUUAAAGCUGGUUUUGCUAUCAUGGCGCUCGGAACAAUGGUGGAGAAACCCAAUGUGGAUGUGAAGAUUGUGCCAGUCGGCUUAAAUUAUUUCCAUCCGAAUCGCUUCCGAUCUCGUGCUGUAAUCUCAUACGGUGCUCCUAUUAGUGUAGAACCAGAAUGGGUGGAAAGCUACAAGCAAGGCGGAAGCGCGAAACGUGAGGCCAUUGCCGCAUUGAUGAAUGCGGGUUAUGAAGGACUACGAAGUGUUACAGUGAAUGCGCCGAGCUUUGAUGUCCUCUUGAUCAUCGCCGCAGCGCGUCGACUUUACAGACCUGCGGCCGAACAUAAAUUAUCCAUUGACCAAGUGGUCGAAUUGAAUCGUCGCUUCCUGGUUGGUUACAAAUACUUUGAAAAAGAUCCAAGGCUGGUGGAACUGGCUCGCAAAGUGCAAGCGUACAAUGAAACCUUGAAAUAUUUCGGAUUACGCGAUCACCAAGUGGAGCGAACCGCCACCAAUGUAUUCUCAGCUUUGCCGGUCCUUAUCUCGCGCUUGCUCAAGCUUUUAUUCCUCGCCUUUGUCGGGUUCCCCUCCCUAUUGGCCAAUUCUCCGAUUGUCAUUUUGGCCUUAUUGAUCAGUCAAAAGAAGCAAAAAGAGGCGUUGGCGGGUUCCAGUGUAAAGAUUGCAGCCCGUGAUGUGGUGGCCACAUGGAAAUUGCUUGUGGCGCUUGUGUUUGCACCUGCAUUGUAUGCAUUUUAUUCGGUUUUAUUUUUCGUUUAUCUUCGUCUUUACCAUUCGCAAAUGGACCUUUCGACAUGUGGUGGUCUAGCCUUCGCACUAUGGGUUGCACAACCUUUCCUUCAAUACGUGGGGAUGCGACUCCUGGAAAACGGCGCGGAGAUUUACAGAUCGUUAACCCCAUUGGUCAUUGCUGUGUUCAAUCGUGACAAUGCUGCCGGACUUCGAAGCAUGAGAGAACAACUGUCAAACGACAUCACCACCUUUGUCAAUACCAACGGCUCGGUGGCUCUCCAAGAUUUCGAUCCCCACAGGUUUGAUGAACUGGAGCCAAGAGAGAAACAAAAAUCCGCGUUGGCCGGUUUAUGGAGUCUGGACGAUCUGUCACCGGCGAAACUGCGGGCAUUAUGGGAAGACCGACUUGAUUUUGGCGGACAAUCGGACGAAUCUGCGGAAGAAGAAAGCCUCUAA